GUGUACAUGAGAUCAGAAGUGUCUCUGCCAUUUAGAGUCACCAGCUCUUGUCAGGAAUGUCCGUCCCCUGCGCGCACAGAUCAUGUACUGGAUGCGCCCACUUUAUUUUUAACCCGGCAGGGUGGGUCAGUCGCUGGCUUUCGGGAAUGACCGUGGAGCGCGCGGCGCCUACAGCCCCUUUCCCUCGUCCCCCCGUGCAGGACCGUGCCCUCCUCGCGCUGUGGAGACCUCCGUCCACUCUGACCAGGACCCCCGCUGCUUCAAUGGGAUUAUAAUUGCUUUAUUGGCAGGGAGAAGACUCAGCAUAAACACUUUGGGACAGGACAACAUCCAGAAGCAAAUUUACCCUCCGCCGGACCACAGGCCUCCGUCUCCUUAGUCCAGUUGCUGCUGCUGCUGCUGCUACAGUUUCACACACACACUACUACCUCCUUUAUUUGAGGUCCAUCAUAUCAUUUCAUCCCCUCUAUUUAUUCCCCUACACACCCAGUUCACCUGAGGACGCCGCUUGCCGUCCCCUCACCCGCUUGCCACACUGGCUACCGCCAUGACUUCCACCACGGACUUUGACAAUGCGGAGAUCACGCAGCAGUACAGCCGCAUCAACACCCGCUUCGAUGUCACUGACGAGGAGCUGGACAAUGACAACAGCUCCGCCAGGCUGUUUGAGCGCUCGCGCAUCAAGGCCCUCGCAGAUGAGCGUGAGGCGGUUCAGAAGAAGACCUUCACUAAAUGGGUCAACUCGAUCUUGUCCCGGGUUGGCUGUCGCAUCUCUGACCUCUACCUGGACCUGCGGGACGGACGCAUGCUCAUUAAACUGCUGGAGGUGCUGUCCGGCGAACGUCUGCCAAAACCCACUAAGGGCCGAAUGCGUAUCCACUGUUUGGAAAAUGUGGACAAGGCACUGCAGUUCCUCAAAGAGCAGAGGGUCCACCUGGAGAACAUGGGCUCCCACGACAUCGUUGACGGCAACCAUCGUCUCAUCCUCGGCCUUAUCUGGACCAUCAUCCUUCGCUUCCAGAUCCAGGACAUUAUUGUGGAAACGGGCCAGGAGGACCAGAAGGAGACGCGCUCGGCCAAGGACGCUCUUCUUCUGUGGUGUCAGAUGAAAACGGCAGGAUAUCCCAACGUCAACAUCACAAACUUCACCACCAGCUGGAAAGACGGCAUGGCCUUCAACGCGCUCAUACACAAACACCGACCAGAUCUGGUGGACUAUGGCAAUCUGAAAAGGUCCAACCCGACCCAUAACCUCCAGAGCGCCUUCAACGUAGCAGAGCAGCAGCUUGGCGUGACCAAACUGUUAGACCCUGAAGAUGUGUUCACAGAGAACCCAGAUGAGAAGUCCAUCAUCACGUACGUCGUGGCAUUUUACCACUACUUCUCGAAGAUGAAGCAGCUCGCUGUCGAAGGCAAGAGAGUUGGAAAGGUUCUGGAUCAUGCCAUCGAGACGGAGAAGAUGAUCGAUAAGUAUGAGACGCUGGCGUCAGACCUGCUGACGUGGAUUGAGCAGACCAUCAUCGUGCUGAACAACAGGAAACUUGCCAACUCUCUGACUGGAGUUCAGCAGCAGCUUCAGGCCUUCAACACCUACCGCACUGUCGAGAAGCCGCCCAAGUUUCAGGAGAAGGGGAACCUUGAGGUGCUGCUGUUCACCAUCCAGAGUCGUAUGAGAGCCAACAACCAGAGGGUCUACACGCCUAAAGAGGGAGCUCUGGUUGCUGAUAUCAACAGGGCCUGGGAGCGUCUGGAGAGGGCGGAGAAUGAGCGGGAGCGCGUCCUGAGGGAUGAGCUGAUCAGACAGGAGAAGCUGGAACAGAUGGCGAGAAGAUUCGACAGGAAGGCUGCCAUGAGGGAGACCUGGCUUCUGGAGAACCAGAGACUCGUGGCUCAGGAUAACUUUGGUUACGACCUGCCAGCUGUGGAGGCAGCCAAGAAGAAGCAUGAUGCCAUCGAGACAGACAUCGCUGCGUAUGAGGAGCGAGUUCAGGUCCUGGUGGACAUCUCAAAGGAGCUGGAGUCUGAGCGGUACCAUGAUGCCAAACGCAUCGACGUGCGGAAAGACAACAUCCUGCGCCUGUGGGACUACCUGCAGGAGCUGCUGAAGGCUCGCAGGGGGCGUCUGGACAAGAACCUGACCCUGCAGAGGAUCUUCCAGGAGAUGCUGUACAUCAUCAGCUGGAUGGAUGACAUGAAGGCUCGACUCCUGUCUCCUGACUUUGGGAAACACUUGCUGGAAGUUGAAGAUUUGUUACAGAAACACGCUCUGUUAGAGAACGACAUCGCUCUGCAGGCGGAGAGAGUGCAGAACGCCAGUGCUGCCGCUCUCAAGUUUGCCAACGGAGAUAGCUACAAGCCAUGUGACCCUCAGGUGAUCCGUGAAAGGGUGCAGCAUCUGGAGUUGUGCUACCAGGAGCUCUGUGCCCUGGCGGCCCAGCGGAAAGCUCGCUUGGAGCAGUCCCGCCGCUUCUGGAACUUCCUGUGGGAGGUGGCAGAGCUGGAGAGCUGGAUUAGAGAAAAAGAGCACAUUUUCUCCUCGCUGGAUUAUGGCAAGGACCUGACGAGCGUGCUGGUGCUCCAGAGCAAACACAGCGCCUUCGAGGACGAGCUCGGGGCCCGCCGAGCCAACCUCGACCAGGUCUUGGCUGAAGGAGAUACGAUGAUCAGAGCCAAGCACUUUGGCUCCCCGAAGGUUCAAGAAUGCAUGGACAACACCACGAGGCAGUGGCAGCAGCUGGAGGAGCUGGCUGCGUUUCGGAAACAGAACCUCCAGGACACCCAGAGGUUCUUCCAGUUUCAGGGAGACGCUGAUGAACUCAAGGCCUGGCUGCUGGACGCCAAGAGGCAGAUGAGCAGCGACGACGUGGGCCACGACGAGUACACCACCCAGCGGCAACUGAAAAAGCACAACGACCUGAAGAAUGAAGCAAUCAAGAACGGAGCCACCAUAGAUGCUCUGUCCAAACAGGCCAACGCGCUGCCAGAGGAGCUACAAAACACCCCUGAUAUCCAGAGACGCCUGAAAGACAUUAAGGACCUGUACAUGGAGCUCAUGUCUCUGGCUGACCUGAGACAGAAGAGGCUGGAUGACACUAUGGCCCUGUACACUAUCUUCAGUGAGACAGACGCCUGCGAGCUCUGGAUGGGCCAGAAGGAGACGUGGUUGGUGGGUUUAGAGGUGCCUGAGAAGCUGGAGGAUCUAGAAGUCGUACAGAAUAGGUUGAGCAUUCUGGCUCAAGACAUGGCAAAUGUUCAGUCGAGGGUCGACGAUGUCAACAAAUCUGUGAAACAGCUCGAGGACAGCAGACACCCUCGCACCAAAGAGGUCAAAGAAUGUCAGAUGCGACUGAAUAAGAGGUGGGACGCCUUUAAGGCCAUGGUGGAGGACAAGAAGAGGAAAGUGGAUUCUGCCGUCAGUCUGAACAACUACGGGCUGGAGUGUGACGAGACAGAGACCUGGAUCAAAGACAAGACACGGGUGAUCGAGUCCACUCAGGAAUUGGGCAAUGACCUGGCAGCCGUCAUGACCAUACAGAGGAAACUGUUUGGCAUCGAGAGAGACUUAGCUGCCAUUGACAGCAAGCUCACCUUCCUGAGGGCAGAGGCUGACCAGCUGGCUAAGGACCACCCGGAGAACGCAAACGACAUCUUGGCCCGCAGAGAUGAGCUGGACGCCGCCUGGGACACGCUAAGAAAGACUCUGACAGACAGAGAGGACUCGUUGGGUGAGGUCAGCAAGUUACAGACCUUUCUCCAAGACAUGGAUGACUUCCAGUCCUGGCUUUUCAAGACCCAAAAGGCCGUGGCGUCAGAGGAAAUGCCCGCCACGCUGCCGGAGGCUGAGGAGCAGCUCAGCCUGCAUGACGCUGUGCGUGAAGACAUAAACAACCACGAGGAAGAUUACCACCGUGUGAGGGACACCGGUGCUCAGGUCACCCAGGGUCAGGAGGAUGAUCCUCAGUACCAGCAGCUGGAGAAGACACUGAAGGGGCUGGACCGCGGCUGGGUGGAACUGCAGAAGAUGUGGGACAGCCGCAAGAACUUCCUGGAUCAGGGUCUGGGCUUCCAGCAGUUCAUGAGGGAUGGAAAGGCUGUAGAGGCCAUCCUCAACAACCAGGAGUACACCUUGGCCCACAUAGACAAGCCUGACACGUUGGCUGGUGCAGAGAAGGCUCUGAAGAAGCACGAGGACUUCGUGAGCACCAUGGAGGCCAACGAGGACAAGAUCGACGGCGCUGUGCAGGGUGGACAGCGUCUGGUGGACAGCAACAAUCUGUACUCUGGGAGAGUGCAGGAAAAAAUGAACUCAAUCGGAGACAGGCAUAACAAGAACAAGAGGAGAGCCCAGGAGGUGUCAGAAAAGCUCAGAGACAACCGCGACCUGCAGCACUUCCUGCAAAACACUCAGGAUCUGACUGUGUGGAUCAACGAGAAGAUGCUGACGGCUCAGGACACGUCAUACGACGAGGCCAGGAACCUCCACAGCAAGUGGCUGAAACAUCAGGCCUUCAUGGCUGAGCUGGCCUCCAACAAGGACUGGCUCAACAAAGUAGACCAGGAGGGCCAUGAGCUCAUGGAGUCCAAGCCUGAGUUUGAGCCCAUUGUGACGGAGCGUCUGGCCAAACUCCAUGAGCUGUGGGACAAGCUUGAGUCCACGACUCAGGAGAAAGCCCGGUUGCUGUUUGACGCCAACCGCUCUGAGCUUUUCGACCAGAGCCUAACUGAUAUGAAGAAGUGGCUCACCGGGCUGCAGCAGCAGCUUCAGACUGGAGAUGAGGACGUCAAAGAUCUGACUAACGCCAACAUCCUGCUCAAAAAGCAUCAGAUGACAGAGAACCAGGUGCGUGACCGGGCGCGGGAGCUGGAGGAGCUCCAGGAUGCCGUCAGAAAGCACGGUGGAGGCAGGGAGGACCAGCCGGAGCUUGAGGCCGAGCAGCAGGCCCUGCAGAGGGACUUCCAGCAGCUCCUCACACCACUGGCCCAGCGCAAGGGCAAACUGGAGGCCGCCAAGUCUGUCCAUCAGUUCUACAGAGACCUGGCUGACGAGCUUCUCUGGAUCGAGGAGAGGAUGCCCCUGGCAAUGUCACAAGAGCACGGCCACAACCUUCAAACUGUGCAGAUGCUGCUGAAGAAAAACCAGACGUUGCAGAGGGAGAUCGAGGGCCACCAGCCCCGCGUCGACGAAGUGCUCGAGCGAGGAAGGAGGAUGGCGGCGGCCGCCAGCGCAGAGGGCAGACCGGAGGCAGAGCGAAUCACAGAGCAGCUGAGGGAGCUGGAGGAGGCGUGGGCCCGGCUGCAGGACGAGAUGGCCAAGCGCAGGGAGAGGCUGAACGGCUCCAGCUUGGCCCAGCACUACUACAACGACGCGGAUGAGGCCGAAGCGUGGAUAGGGGAGCAGGAGCUGUACAUGAUCGCGGAUGAGAAGGCCAAGGAUGAGCAGAGUGCCAUGCUGAUGCUGAAGCGCCACAUGAUCCUUAAGCAAGCUGUGGACGACUACGCUGACUCCAUUCAGACGCUAGCUGACCGUGCCCAAAAGCUGUUUGCCGAGGACCAUCCUGAUGGUGAGGAGAUCAUCAGACGACAGGGCCAGGUGGAUAAGCAGUAUGCGGGGCUCAGGGAGCUGGCGGAGGACCGCAGGAAGAAGCUGGACCACACCUUCCAUCACUUCCUGCUGAGCCGAGAGGUAGAGGACCUGGAGCACUGGAUCGCAGAGAGAGAUGUGGUGGCCUCCUCUCAGGAGAUGGGCCAGGACCUGGACCACGUCACGCUUCUGAGGGAUAAGUUCCGAGAGUUUGCACGGGAGACGGGGAUGGUGGGUCAGGAGCGAGUGGACAUGGUCAACGAGACGAUAGACGAGCUGAUCGAAGCGGGCCACACCGAGGCAGCCACCAUGGCAGAGUGGAAGGACACCAUCAAUGAUAGCUGGGCUGAUCUGCUUGAGCUCAUCGACACUCGGGCUCAGCACCUCACUACAUCUUACGAACUGUUCAAGUACUUUGACGAUGGGAAGGAGCUAGUGGCUCAGAUCCACGAGAAGCAGAAAGAGCUGCCGGAAGAUGUGGGAGAGGACUUCAGCAAAGCAGAGUCCUUCCACAGAAUGCACGCCGCCUUUGAGAGAGACAUCAGUGCUCUAGGCAAACAGGUUCAACAGUUCCAGGAGACCGCUGCACGGCUUCACGCCCAGUAUGCAGGAGGCCAAGCGGACACCAUCCAGGCCACAGAGCGAGAGGUGGUGGAAGCCUGGAAAGGCCUGCUGGACGCCUGCGACGGCCGCAGGGCGCAACUGGUGGACACGGCUGAGAAGUUCCGCUUCUUCACCAUGGUGCGAGACCUGAUGGCCUGGAUGGAGAGCAUCAUCCAGCAGAUAGAGACGCAGGAGAAACCCAGGGAUGUCUCAUCUGUGGAGCUCCUGCAGAAGUACCACCAGGGGAUCCGCUCAGAAAUCGAGGCCAGGGGAGCAAAAUUCACUGACUGCAUAGACCUCGGCAAAGCCCUGCUGACACGCAAGCACCGAGACUCUGCUGAGAUCAAAGAGAAGCUGGUGCAGCUGAUUGAGAAAAGGAAGGAGAUGAUGUUCAAGUGGGACGACAGAUGGGACUGGCUCAGACUCUUGCUGGAGGUGUGUCAGUUUGCACGGGACGCCUCGGUGGCGGAGGCUUGGCUGAUCGCUCAGGAACCCUACGUAUCUAGUAAAGACUUGGGCCAUUCUGUAGAUGAGGUGGAGAAACUCCUCAAGAGGCACGAGGCCUUUGAGAAAUCCACCGCCACGUGGGAAGAACGCUUCUCUGCACUGGAGCGCCUCACUACGCUGGAGUUGUUGGAGCUGAGAAAUCAGCAGCAGGAGAUGGAGCAGUUCAUUAAGGAGGAGCAGCGCUCAGAUAAGGAGAGCAGGAGAGAAGACACAGGUUUUGUGGAAGAAUCUUCGCAGCUCGGCACUGUUGAGGAACAGACUCUGUCUGCUUCUGGUGCAGUGGAGCCCAGUUCAGGUCUGCUGGAGGAGACAGCCGGUGACUCCACGGUGCCCAUAGUGUCAGAAAUGAGAGAGAGCGGUUCUCUGGAGCUGGAACCUUCUGUGUCAGUAGUGACCCCUAAAGAACCAGAGAGAGCUGCUACCAUGCCCGUUGAGACCGUCAGAGCCCAGACUGUGCUGCAGGAGGGAACGCUGGGCCGCAAACAUGACGUGGAAGGCUCAGGGAAGAAGGCAUCAAAUAGGUCAUGGAACAACCUGUACUGUGUGCUGAAGCCAGGCCAGCUCUCAGUCUACAAGGACGCCAAGAGUUUUGGUCACGGGGUGACGUAUCACGGCGAGGACCCCUUGUCCCUCAGUAACGCCAGCUGGGAGAUCCUUACCAACUACAAGAAAAAGAAGCACGUCUGCAAACUACGACUCGGAGACGGCAGUGAAUAUUUGUUCCAGUGUAAAGACGAGGAGGAGCUCCAGCAUUGGAGCCAGGCCAUGGAGAAGGCCGUUCAGCCCCUGGCAACGGAGGAGGCGUCGGGGCCCUCAGGGGCCAAAGCCCACAGCCUGCCCCCACCCUCCUCCUCAGCUGCACUCCCUGAACCCAGCUCUGCCAAGAAAGACAAGGAGAAGAAGUUCAGUCGCUUUGCCAAGAAGAAGUGAAAGGGGAUGGGAAGGCCAUUGGGAGAAGGGGGGGGGGGGGGGGGGUUGCCUUGGCAACCUGGAAAGAGAAAGUAGUAUUUGUGUACAAUCAGUCAAAGCGAGCUUUUUAAUCACCAGAAUUUUUUAUAUUAUUUUGCGAGAAUUAACAUGAAUAUUGUAGUUUAGGUUGGAGCCAUCACUCUUUGCCUGUAUUUAAGCCAGUGUAUCUUUGCAAAGGUCCAGUUUGUUUUUUCUUUGUGUUCUUUUUAACAAAUGCCAAAUUCAGAGCAAUUAAAUUAAAGCACAGGAAUGCUCCUUUCACAUUCAACCAAAGAAUGUUUGUAAAACUUUUCUUUUCAUGCUUUUCGCUGCAGCGUUUGCUUUAGUACGGCAUGCUUUGAUAGAGCCAUGUACAAUAUGAAGAAGGCCUGUAAUGAACAUGGGGUGACUCAAGAGUACCGAGGAGUACUUUUAUUCAUCUGCCUUAUACAAUGGUUGUGAACUGAAAUACUGUGCUGUUUGAAUUUGGAGCUCUGAACGCUACUUAUACAACCAGAGUGAGUUUAAUGGGCUUUAAAAGGCUUUGUAAAUGCGGUGUUAAGACUUGCAGUGCUGUACAGUGCACACACACACACACACCAAGUGUAAUUGCAGGCAUGCAAACUAAAUGCUCUAUGCACUGUGAAGGGUUUGACUGUUGAGAUUUUUAAAUGGAUGACAUACGAGCAGUCGUGAGACACCACGUCGUAUUCUCGACUGGACCGCAGCAGUAGUUAUUUCUGUGAACUUGAAAUAUAUCCAACACUUGUGUAUUGAACCCUAAAUUUCAUAUCUAUCCAUCAACAUAUAUACAUAUACAGUAUAUAUAUCUACAGAUGCAUGAAGUAUGUUUUACGUUAGUUUGAUAUGGUGCUAUUGUGAUAUUCUUGAACCUACAGUCAAGACCAGCUUGACCUGCCUUAUUUGUCUUCAACUUUGGCUCGUAGAGACACACAUAUCAAAAUAUAUUCUUUUAACAUACCGUAUAUCUGCGGGAUGUUUCAUAAAGGCAGAUCAGAAAAACCUGACUAUAAAUGAGCCCAACGAACUGAACCAGGAUUAAUCUGUUUCGAGAAAACUGCAGUAUCUGCACCCACAGAGCAGCACAUAAACAAAACGUGGAGUAAAACAUUAAAGUAAACAAGUACAAAAUCACUGCCAGACUUGAGUUAGCUGCAGCGCUCUACUUGUUAUCACGAAUUUUAGAGUUCAAGUCCUGUGUGAGCAUCAUGAACUUGAAUUCUUAAGUGCUAAUGGUGCUAGUCAAACAACUUUCAAAUGUACAAGACCCCAGCUAGGUAAUUCAUUUUAUUAUAUAGCACAACAAUAAGAUAAUUAACUACAGUUUUCUUUCACUUGGAUUUUGCUACUUGGUUUAGACAAGUUCAAUAACAGCCUCCAUAUGGUGAAAUUACUGCUGUAAUACCUUUGGAUUGGCUGCCUGCUUCUUGCAUUGUUAAUAGACACCCAUAAUACAGAAAGUCUGUUUCUUUAAUUGUAUUUAAGUGACAAAUUUAAGGGAGAACAAAUGGUGAAAAUGCUGCUUGUUAUGAGUCAGAGUUGUUUUGGAUUUAUUUAAAUUGCAGUGCAGAUUAAUUGCGACACAGACUACGUUUAUAUGCACAAAAGAUUCUGGUUUCUUAUUCUAAAAAAGGCAAUACUCCUACUCAGCUAUGUACGCGGCUAAUGAAGAUGAAUAUUCCACUGAUAUUCCUAUUCACAUGCAGCUGUGCAUACUCUGGUUAACAUGCCCUAACAUGUCGUUUAUAAGGUCAAAAUAUGGAAAAGUGGAACGCUAUUUUGCUUCUUUGCACCAAAGCUUACCACUGCUGGCGGACUUGCAAACACAACUUCCUUCAACCAUCUUUUCGUAAACUUGGCAUUGCAAUAUUUGCGCAUAUCCAUAAAUCUGUUAAUAUCUAAGUUUUCAAUAAGUUUUAAAGUAGGAUGUUUCUCCUUCCGACCAGAAAUGUGGAUUUUUCUUGCAUCUCUACCAAUCUGUUCGCUGUUGGUUUGUGUACAAUGCAUCCAUGACAACGCACAAAGCCGAGCGCAAAGAGGCAAGAGUCUGUGUGUUGCAACUUUAGGUAAAACCCCCAACUGAGUCACAUACUCCAAAUGGGUUGUAUACACUCACCGGCCACCUUAUUAGGUACAUGUGUUCGCUAAUCAGCCAAUCACAUGGUAGCAGCUCAAUGCAUUCAGGCACGUAGACAUGGUCAAGACGACCUACUGAAGUUCAAACUGAGCAUCAGAAUGGAGAAGAAAAGUGAUUUAAGUGACUUUGAACGUGGCAUGGUUGUUGGUGCCAGACAGGCUGGUCUGUCAGAAACUGCUGAUCUACUGGGAUUUUCACACACAACCAUCUCUAGGGUUUACAGAGGAUGGUCCGAAGAAGAGAAAAUAUCCAGUGAGCGGCAGUUCUCUGGGUGAAAAUGCCUUGUUGAUGCCAGAGGUCAGAGGAGAAUGGCCAGACUGGUUCAAGAUGAUAGAAAGGAAACAGUAACUCAAAUAACCACUGGUUACAACCAAGGUGUGCAGAAGACCAUCUCUGAACCAACAACACGUCCAACCUUGAAGCAGAUGGGCUACAGCAGCAGAAGACCACACCAGGUGCCACUCCUGUCAGCUAACAACAGGAAACUGAGGCUACAGUUCACACAGGCUCACCAAAACUGGACAAUACAAGAUUGGAAAAACGUUGCCUGGUCUGAUGAGUCUCAAACUGGUUUCUUGAACAUGACAAUGAGUUCACUGUACUCCAAUGGCCUCCACAGUCAACAGAUCUCAAUCCAAUAGAGCACCUUUUGGAUGUGGUGGAACAGGACGUUCACAUCAUGGAUGUGCAGCUGACAAUUCUGCGGUAUGUUUCCAGCACCUUGUUGAAUCUAUGCCACCAAGAAUUAAGGCAGUUCUAAAGGCAAAAGGGGUCCAACUUGGUACUAGCAAGGUGUAUCUAAGAAAGUGGCCAGUGAGUGUAUGUGUCCAAAGUCUGCUCCUAAACCUGAAUACCAACACGUCUUCGUCGGAAAAUCCAGCAAUCAGGAAAAGACCUAGUUCAGAAUAUCUAAGCGUAUUGCACCAUUUACACGACUUGUAUCAAAUUCAGAGUAUUGUCAUAUUUGGAAUAAUAAUGGAAUAUAAGUCUGCGUGUAAAUGUAGUCAAUGGUUCAGCCUGAAAACUAACCUGAUGAAAACCAGGCUAGGAUGUAAGGGUACGCGUCCUGGUAACCUAGGGCAGCCUUAUUUAAACCUAAUCUAUGAUUAUGAACUGAUCUGUCUUUAUGAAACACCCUCUGAUCUCACAGACUAGAUUUAUUCAUCAGAAAUGUUGAGCAACUACAAUUUAAACCAGGCUCUCUUGUGACAGCAGAAAAGGCGCCUGGACCAUUACACAAGUUUUUCAGCACCAGCCAAAGUCUAGGACAAGCCGUGGGUCGGAUGAAUCUUGACUGCUUUUCCAAACCACACAACAGGACCUGGCAUGCUCUUUAUCUAAGGCGAGGAUGAUACAGUAGCUGCAUGGAGCUGAGGGAAUGUGUCUUUCAUAUGAAUGUAAAGGAGGAAGAGAAGAGAAUUUGGUAACAAAGCCAUUAUAGAACAAGAAAUUCUAAUCGAUAUACGCGUACAGGGAACAUAGAGUAUGUACAGUAUAUUGAACUGCAUUUAUAGAUGUUAAUUAUGUCACACACACACACACACACACUGUCCCACUGCCGUCUUGCCUUGUACCGUGGGCUCUGUCCCUGAACUACGAUCCAACUCAAGUGACCUCAUUGAAAUGAAGGAAGUCAGGUGUUGAGAGAUAAACGAGACUGAUCAGCUCAAGAGGAAAUAAGGUAGCAUCACGACCAACUCUGUCUAUUUACAUUUACAAAACAAUUAAUUACAUCUCUGAUCUUCUUGUGGCUGUCGAAAUAAGAAAUACAGACAGCCAGAAGAACAUCAUCUCUUUUUUUUUUUUUUUUGUU